UGAGAAGGUCGUUUUCUUAUAUCCUCAUUCCGCAGGCCUAAACGAAUCAGCGUACCCCUUCUCCGUCUUCGUCUGUAUGAAGAUUCCGCUCACAAGUCACAAGCUCUUCUAGCCAUGCCUCCUUCCCACACACCCUUCCUUGUCCUCUUCUUCCUGCCCCUUCUGUCCUCCUCUUCCCGCGCCGCCUCCCCCACCAUCGACUUGCUCCUCCCUUCCGACGCCGUUUACCUCCUCUCCUUCAAAUCCAAGGCUGACCGAGACAACAAGCUCCUUUACGCCCUCAACGAGCGCUAUGACUACUGUCAAUGGCAGGGCGUCAAAUGCGCCCAUGGCAGAGUCGUUCGCUUCGUCCUUCAGAACUUCGGUCUCCGUGGCGUCUUCCCCCCCGACACCUUGUCUCGUCUCGACCAGCUUCGAGUUCUCAGUCUUCGCAACAACUCCCUCUCUGGUCCCAUCCCCGACCUCUCCUUUCUUGUCAACCUCAAAUCCCUCUUUCUCGACCAUAAUUCCUUCUCUGGUUCUUUCCCGCCUUCCAUUCUCUUCCUCCAUCGCCUUCUCACUCUUUCUCUCUCCCACAACAACCUCACCGGCUCUGUUCCCGCCGGGUUAACUCUCCUGGACCGCUUGAUUUCUCUUCGCCUCGAUUUCAACGGGUUUAACGGAACCCUUCCCCCCUUGAACCAGUCCUCGCUUCGAAUCCUCAAUGUGUCCGGAAACAAUUUGACUGGGCCGGUUCCGAUGACGCCUACACUCAGUCGUUUACCGCCGGCGUCGUUCUCCGGGAACCAGGGUCUCUGUGGGGAGAUCAUCCACAUAGCAUGUAAUUCUCGGCCUCCCUUCUUCAGUCCCUCCAAUGCCUCCACCUCCGCGGCGCCACUUGGGCAAAGCGCGGAAUCGCAGGGAAUCAUGGUCGUUCCUUCAAAUUCAUCUACUAAAAAGAAGCAUAAGGACACUGCCUUGAUUCUAGGAUUUACCAUUGGGUUCUCGGUGCUCAUUGCAUCCAUCCUGUUCGCGAUUGCAUUGCUUAGGAAACGAAGCAAUUCCAGAAGACCAGAGACCAUGAAAGUACAGGAGUCCUUGGAAACCAAAGAUGUAAAUGCGCCUCCUCCUCCAUCUUUAGCUGUCGAAACAGAGACAGAGCAAAAUAGGGAAUGGAGUGAGAAGGCAAAAAAGAUAGAGAAAAUAAAAGAAGCACAUAAGAGUGGGAAUUUGGUGUUCUGCAGUGAGGAGCCACAGUUGUGUACAAUAGAGCAGCUGAUGAGAGCUUCGGCGGAGUUGCUGGGUAGGGGAAACAUAGGAACCACAUACAAGGCUGUGUUGGAUGGCCAUCUCAUAAUGACAGUGAAGAGGCUGGAUGCUAUUAAAACAGCAAUAACUAGCAGCCAAGAAUUCGAGCAUCACAUGGAAAUGGUGGGCGAGCUCCGGCACCCAAAUUUGGUGCCGGUUAGAGCUUAUUUCCAGGCAAAGGGCGAGAGGCUGGUGAUCUAUGAUUAUCAACCUAAUGGCAGCCUCUUUAACCUGAUACAUGGUUCGAAAUCAACGAGAGCGAAGCCUCUUCACUGGACGUCAUGCUUAAAGAUUGCCGAAGAUGUAGCCCAUGGACUCGCCUAUAUACAUCAAGCCUCGAGAUUAAUCCACGGCAACCUGAAGUCGACUAAUGUCCUUCUUGGCGUGGACUUUGAAGCUUGUGUCACAGACUACGGCUUGGCCCUCCUUGCGGAGUUUUCAUCAACUGAAGACCCUGACUCGGCAGCUUAUAAAGCACCAGAGACUCGCAACUCUAGCCGCCGAGCCACUCCCAAGUCUGAUGUAUAUGCCUUUGGGGUGCUUCUGUUGGAGCUUCUUACGGGUAAACAUCCUUCUCAACAUCCUUUCCUUGUGCCCGCGGAUAUGCAACAUUGGGUUAGAGCAAUGAGGGAUGAUGACGGUGCUGAACAUAAUGGGCUUGGAAUGCUCACGGAAGUCGCUAGUAUUUGCAGUGCAACGUCGCCUGAGCAGAGGCCGGCAAUGUGGCAAGUCUUGAAGAUGAUACAGGAGAUAAAGGACAGUGUAACGAUGGAAGAUACAACUGCUAGGAUUUAAUAGCUGCUGUCAAGAACUUAAAGGAUUGGAUGUAGUCAUGUUGGGGAGGUAAAGGCAAGAGACUGUAAACUCUGAUUGUGGGGAGAUGAAGGAGCGUUGCACGAGAAGAUCUGAAGAGUAUUUUAGCAGUCCGAGUUUAUUCGACCAGUUGUGUAAGAGUCUUCAUGAAUACGCAAGUACACGCAAAUACCAUACGUUACGCUUUUUUAGUCGAUGCAGGAAUCGCUUGGUGCGAGGCCGGUAGUUCCAUGUAUUCGACCAAUUUUGUUAGAAUAUUCCAUGAAUACGUAAGUACACAACAUUGAUGUUUUCUGAUGCUUUGAUCCAAGUAUUAUAGUAGUGAAGAAUAGCUGCACAGUUGUCAAA